UGAUUUAAACUCUUCAGAGAAACUUUGGACACCGGGCAUCUUAAGAAGCUGCUACUCCAACUGGAAUAUUAACCUGCUGUAACUCUGUAAAUACCAGAAAACAACGACAUUUAGGCUUAAUUUAAUAAGUUGUUGCAUCCUUUAUCAUUAUAAUUAUAUUAAUAUGGGGAGAGUAAGCAGCGCUUGUUUUAUAUAUUGGACGUUUUUUGUCUACAUUUCCUCGGGUUUUGCAACUAACGUUACGAUUGAGCCGCCUAGUGAAUUUACCACUUUUGAUGACAUCAUGGACAAUGGCACAGAAUGGAUGACGGACUUCAGUGAUAUAGACUCCAAGUUUUCCUUCAGGACCAGCGAAGAACCCGAAGACGAUCUGUGCUACAUAGUUCCAGGUCAACCCGAAACCAUCAGAGAAUGUAACUUCAAUCCAGAUAACAAGACUUUCAUAGUUAUUCACGGAUGGACGGUUACGGGUAUGUUCGAAAGCUGGGUUUCCAAACUGGUAACAGCCCUGUAUGAACGAGAGCCAACAGCCAACGUGAUUGUGGUGGACUGGUUAUCCCGCGCGCAACAACACUACCCUACAUCAGCCGCCUACACCAAACUAGUGGGAAGGGACGUGGCCAAGUUUGUCAACUGGUUACAGGCUGAGAUUGACUAUCCUUGGGAGAAGCUCCAUCUGUUGGGCUACAGUCUUGGCGCUCAUGUAGCAGGAAUCACUGGUUUUCUCACCAAACAUAAAGUUAACAGAAUCACAGGCAUGGAUCCUGCUGGCCCUAGUUUUGAGUAUGCAGAUGCCCAAAGCACUCUUUCCCCCGAUGAUGCCCUUUUUGUGGACGUUCUUCACACCAACACCCGUGGUUCCCCAGAUCGCAGCAUUGGGAUUCAGAGGCCAGUGGGCCACAUAGACAUCUACCCCAAUGGAGGAACAUUCCAACCCGGCUGUGACCUCCAGAACACCGUGUUGAUGGUGGCCACCAGUGGUUUAAGAAACAUGGAUCAGAUCGUGAAGUGCUCCCACGAGCGCUCCAUUCACCUGUUCAUCGACUCGCUGGUGAACCAGGAGCAAGAAAGCUUGGCUUACCGUUGCAGCUCCAAAGACAGCUUCAACAAGGGCAUGUGCCUCAGCUGCCGCAAGAACCGCUGCAACAAGGUGGGCUACGGAGUGAACAAAAUCCGCACACGCAGGAGCAGCAAGAUGUACAUGAAGACCAGAGAUGUUAUGCCAUAUAAAGUUUUCCAUUAUCAAGUGAAGGUGCACUUCUUCGGCAAGACAAAAUUAAGCUACACUGAUCAGCCCAUGAAGAUCUCAUUGUACGGAAUCCAUGGCGAGAAGGAAAAUAUGCCCUACAUUAUGCCUGCUUUGAACACAAACGCCACCGUGUCUUUCCUGCUUACUACGGAUGCAGACAUCGGAGAGCUACUGAUGGUAAAACUAUUCUGGGAGAAAGACACCCUCAUCAGCUGGCCAUGGUGGAACCCAGAUACCUUCCACAUCCGUAAACUACGCGUCAAAUCAGGAGAAACUCAGUCUAAAAUCAUCUUCAGAGCCAAAGAAGGUGAAUUUUCCUACCUUUCCCGUGGAGGCGAGGCCGCGGUCUUCGUGAAAGACAAAGAAGCCCAGUCGAGCCGCAAAAACCAGAGAUUGCACAAGUUGAAGAUGCAUGGAAGUUCAUUUAAACAGAGCACAGAGUAAAAACACACGUCCUAAUCCACCUCUUCUGUGAUCUGGCAAAGAAUCUGCCUGGGAAACUGGAUUGGUAGAUGCUAACCUCUCCCAAAAAUUCAGACUAGUAACCUUCACCCAAAUUCAGAAACACAUCCUGCAAGAAACCACAUCUUGAAAACAUUGCUGCUAUGCUGUUCUAAAACAAAACAA